GUUUACAGGUCUGGCCGAGGAGGCUGCGAUGUCAAAUUUGGAUCAGGCUGAGCUAAAAUGCACGCUAGUGCAGCUACCAAAUAAAUUACUCGAGGCUGCAACCUCGACUUGCACGCUCACGCCUCAACUUCGCGCCAAAUUGAAGAUGUCGACUCUCGCAGAUGAAUUGUUGCAGGACUUCGAGGACUCGGGAUCAGAGGGCGAGGGACAGAACGAAGGACUAUUUCCAGACAAUGAAGACGCCAAGGACGGCCUUAACGGCAAUGCGCCAUACUCAGGCGCAAACGGCAGUAUGGAGCUGGAUGGCGAUGAGGAAGAAGUUGACGAAGACGAGGAGAUGAGCGGUGUCGCCGACACAGGCCCCGAUGUGGAAGAUGAAGAAGAAACUAAAGCCAAGGUGGAGAAGAUGGAGUUGGGUGGCGUUGACGAUGUACGGAGUGUUGCGCGUUUGAUGAAGACUUUGGAGCCAGUUCUUGAGGUCAGUACAUUUCUCAUUUUCCCUCCCCAUCUGUUUAGAGACACGAGGUUUACAUCUAUACCUUUGCGCAUUAGCCCUGACGUGCAAUCGAUUUUACAGAAAAUCGCACACUUUCAAUCGUUACCUCCGGAGAAACAGACCACUUUCGUUGGCUCGAUCGAGGACAAUCCAGAAUACCACCUCUUGACGCUGUCAAAUACUCUGUCAACCUCGAUUGAUACAGAGAUUAUGAUCGUCCACAAGUUCAUACGCGAUCAUUAUUCGAUUCGAUUUCCCGAGCUAGAGACUUUGGUUACGAAUCCCUUGGACUAUGCAAAAGUAGUGACCAUUGUUGGAAAUGGCCCGAUGGACGGAGACAGUAUCAAAGCUCUUCAGACCUCAAAAGACAACAGACUGGGAGUCACUUUACGAUCAGUCUUGGAUGGACCCUCCGUUAUGAUUGUUACAGUCGAGGCCACCACAACCAAGGGCAGGGAAAUGUCACCAGUAGAGCUAGACCGAGUUAUGCAAGCUUGCGAUAUGACUCUCGCUCUGGAUAAGGCCAAGAGGACUUUAACUGACUACGUGCAAUCCCGUAUGAAUCUUUUCGCCCCUAAUCUCACAGCACUUAUUGGCUCCCUCACAGCGGCACAACUUCUUAACUUCGCAGGUGGCCUAACAGGUCUGGCCAAAACACCAGCCUGCAAUCUCCCACCCCUAGGAUCCAAGAAACAAUCCGGUACAGGCUUCGCAACCAAUGUUGGUGUCCGUCAACAAGGCUUCCUCUACCACUCUCCUAUAAUUAAAGGCAUUCCAAACGAUCUCAAGCGCCAAGCCAUGCGAAUCGUCUCCGCGAAAGUAGUUCUUGCCGCAAGGGUGGAUCGCGUCCACAACAGUCGGGAUGGCUCUACUGGAGAAGAAUUGAAAGCCGCCUGUUUAGAACGUCUAGAGAAGCUUACCGAACCACCACCAAAUAAAGGCCAGCGAGCACUGCCAGCACCAGAUGACAAGCCAGCCCGUAAGCGUGGUGGUCGUAGAGCUCGCAAGGCUAAGGAAGCAACUGCGAUGACAGAUCUGCGAAAGGCACAGAACAGAAUGGUAUUCGGCAAAGAAGAGAAAGAGGUCGGUUACGGCACUGGUGAAGGUACAAAAGGAAUGGGCAUGAUUGGUCAGGCGAAUGAUGGUCGGAUCCGUAACUUACAAGUUGAUCAGCGCACGAGAGCAAAACUCAGCGCAAAGAACAAGGGUUGGGGAGGCGCCACACCAAUUGGGGGCUCUGCAUCCUCUUUGCGAGGCUUUGGUCAAGGUGCUGGUUCCGGCAUUGAUCUUCGUGGAAAGGGUCUACGUGCUUCUGGUGUUGGAACCACUGUUGGUGCAGGUUCUGGAACGGCAUCAAGUUUGGCUUUCACACCCGUCCAAGGCUUGGAGCUUGUUGAUCCUAAAAUGCAAGCUGAGAUGAGCCGCAAGCGGAAGGCCGAGGAAGAUCGAUGGUUCAAAGGUGGAACCUUCACACAGGUCGGUGGAGGUGGCAGUAUGGGGCCACCUGCUUUGCCUCCAAACAAGAAAAUUGAUACGGGCAAAGGAAAGGGAGACAUGGCUCCCCCACCACUUCCAAAGAAGUAAGCAGAGCAUGCAGAGGCAGGUAAUUUGGGGCUUGGGUCGGCGUCUAGGGCAUAUGGAGGCGUUUAUUGCUACCUUGCAUUACUUGCGUAAGGCUAUGAAAUCGCACCUGGUACUACGGUAGCUCUAUCAGCACCAUUUUUGUAAGAUCAAGCGUGGGUGUUUCCGAGAAAUAUUACAUCAACCAUUCUCUCAUGGACCGAUGGAUUUUGAAAUGGCGUUCUGAAAAUGCAUACGUUUCUCGGCAAACUUUGUGAAGGUGCAAUGGCCACGUUCUCGCCGUAAUUCACUAUACUGAGCCUCGCCUGACCAAGCAAACAGAAGUACUUCAUAGAGGAGUGAACGGUUUUUAGAUGGACAACCCGGCGAGAUUGAAAGCUCAAACAAGUAUUAUUACUAGUCUUAAAAAUGCCCCGCUUCGCCUUUCAAGUGCAUUAGCGAGUGUAAGCUUUUAGGCUGGUUGAUCGACAGCUUCAGUUCAGUGUUGCCUGGACUGGCAUCUUAUUGUACGAUGAUAUAAUAAAUCCUUACCAUUCAGGUCUGUGAGAAUCUGGAAAGAAAAGGCUCUCAUCCACAUCAGUGAGCCGACAAGCACCUAAGAUGGGUACCCUACUCCCUGGCCGACGGCCACCCCGAAUGUCGAGAAGAGAGAUCACGUUAGCCGUGAAGAUGGAAAGAGAAGGUGCCGAGAUGAUGGAGCGGCGUGGAAUACCCUUGGAUUACGAUAUCAUGACCUAUGAUAAUCGCAGUGAAUCUUAUCGGUUGCCCAGGGAAGGCAAUCUUCAAGUCCGGCGUGCCCCAUACGAAGUGCGGCCUCCAGCUCACACAGGUGUACAAUAUUCGAUCAACGCCGAAGGAGUAUUUACUCUAUCAUUGAAUAAUGCCACACAGUUACCUGAGUAUGACUGGAACUCUUUCAAACUGGAUACGGACCACCAUAUGUGCCAGGCCUGCUGUGAUGUCUUCAACUACUAUUGUCGAUACAAGGAGGCUCGCUUAGAGCACUACCAAAAUCAGCCAAAAGAAAAACAGAAUGAAUUCGCUCUUCCCAAUGCAGUCGUGCAUCACUUCAACAUUUUCUCCUUGCUCGCAUGGGCCACAAUCGACAAGUGCUGGCUAUGCCAGACACUGCUCAAGAACAUCAGCUUCAAGUUUGGCCGCUCUUUGCAUGCCCAGAACUACGAGGACUUUCGCACACAGCUGUGCUGGUCUCAAGCAGUGAUUAUGGACCAAAAAGAGAUUUUGUAUUUCGUCA